UUUGGCCAUCCUCUUCUAAUGGAAAAAGGAGUAAAUAAUGAAGACCCUUGUCCACAGUGUUUCCAGAAAUACAAGAAGGUACAAUGGGACACAUUACACCCACCUGCUAAAGUGGAGAGGAAUAUAACAAAUGCUGGAUCAAGUGCUUAUAGGAACCCAGUGCCACCUGGACAAAAAAUGCCCACACAGCUGCAGCAAAACUUAAUGAAACAUGAGGCACGGCGUAAGAAAGAAGCCCCCAAAAAAGUAGUGCAAGAUAGAGAUAUGGCGUCAAAGUUUUACGGAGAACAUCUGGAUCCGAAUGAACUUUUUAAAUUUAGAAUGCCCGAAGGAAAGGAGCAGUCCCUUCAUCUGUAGGGGGCCCCGUAAUGUUGAGAUUAUAAUAACAAUAAGAUAAUAUCACAUUUUGUGUCCCUAUAAGUUAGUUUGACACAAUUAUUCUGUCCCUACAAGAUAAUAAAAACCCACUUUUUUACCCUAUAAGAUAAUAAAGUACAUUUUCUGUCCAUUUAAGUUAAUAAAGUACAUUUUCUGUCCCUAUAAGAUAAUAAGGUACAUUUUCUGUCCCUAUAAGUUAAUAAAGUAUAUUUUCUGUCCCAGUAUGUGAAUGAGAUAUAUUUUCUGUCCCUGUAUAAAGUUAAUGAAAUAUAUUAACUUCUUGGGAUGUGUAUGGGUUGUGAGGGAGGGUGUUGGGGUGGGGGAUGGGUGUUACAUACAUGCAUUGAUUUACAAUAUAUGGUACAUGUACUCUGUCAAUGACAAGAUGACCAUUUAACAACUGUUAUUAUAUUUUUAGCUCGACUAUUCGAUAAGAAUAAGUAGAGCUAUUGUAGUCACCCGAGCGUCGGCGUCUGCGUCGGCGUAACCACUUAUGUUAAAGUUUUUGUAAUAGUUGAAAUAUUUUCAAAGUCCAUUAAAAUAUGGCUUUGAAACUUUGCACACUUGUUCACCAUCAUUACCCCAACCUGUAGACAGGAGGAGGUAACUGUAUCAAGCAUUUUGACAAAAUUAUGCCCCUUUUUCGACUUAGAAUUUACGUUAAAGUUUUUGUAAUAGUUCAAAUAUUUUCAAAGUCCAUUGACAUAUGGCUUUGAAACUUUGCACACUUGUUCACCAUCAUUACCCCAACCUGUAGACAGGAGGAGGUAACUGUAUCAAGCAUUUUGACAGAAUUAUGCCCCUUU